AUGGCCUGGGGCAAAUGGUUUUAUACAAACCAAUUUGUACAUUAUGAGACCAUCCCCAACGGGUUCCCGUCGCGCGUGCUGUUCCCUUCGCGAUGGGAAAAAGAGGGCGACGGGAAUCAAACACCAGCUCCAACGCCUUCCCGUCGCGGGCCGACGCGCCGUGGGAACCUCUCUCCUAUCCCGUCGCGGUUCCGCCGAGCGGAGCGGGGGCUGGCGGUUGCGCUCGCGCGCUUGGACGGAAGAGGCGGAAGCGAGGCGGCGACGGCGUCUGGGCACUCGAGGGAGAUGGAGAGCCUGGCACAGCGCGCAGCGCUGCUACGGGAGUAUUUGCAGAGCAGGGAACGGAGAGGAGAAGCUAGAUCGAUUUGUAGAAGGACAGAUCGAGGUGGGAGAACAACGGAUCAAGUUGGGACAGGACGAUAUGAGUUCAAAGAACAGCCGAUUGAGGCAUAUACUGUACAAGUUCAGCCGCUGAAGCCUUGGCUUGACCAGUGCAGAGGAAUCCCAGGAUGAAUUAGUGCAGCAUCAACGAAGAAGCCAUCUAGCUGCCGUGUGUAUGUUCAAAAGCCAAAAGGCGAUAUAUAUAAAGUUUUAAAUCUUCUGAGUA